AUGAAUAAAUAUAAUUACUAAUACAGAUGGAGUAUGUUGACAUUUUGCAUUUGGAUUCCUAUGGGGAAUUAUUACAAUUAUGAUAUUCCGACAUCGUUAUACAAUUCUUUUAAGAGUUAUUUGGCUCCAAUACUCUCUGAUAAUCAAUUCGAAUUUUAUUAUGGAUUGCUGUUUAGUAUUACCUCCUUUGUCAAUAUAUUCACUCCUUUCAUCAGUGGAAGUACUAUUUCAUCAAAUUAGUUAAGAAUUAAGAGAUUAAUAUGGAAAUAGAAUUGCCUUAUUCGUUUUGUUAUUUCUAGUCUCUUUGGGAUAAUUCAUCUUCAUCCAAGGCUUCAUUCACUAUAACCUAUACUAUAUCAUAAUUGGUCGAAUCCUCAUCACCAUCCAAACUAGUCUGCUUUCCUAAUACUUCAAAUUCGACCAUAUUUUGUUGGCUUGUGUGAGCUAUUUGCUUCUUUUGGAACCAUCUCGGUGAUGUAUUUCGCACCCAAACUAGCCGCUCAAUAUGAUCUGAUAUUUGCAAUAUAGAGUGGUAGCUUUGCAAUUGCAAUGAGCGUAGUAUGCUGUAUCAUCACCAUCGUUUAUGAUUUGAAUGCAGAAUAUGUAUAAUAGGAAAAUUAAAUUUAAAAUGUUGAAGUAAGUAAGCAAAUGAAAGCAUAAGACCACUUCCCUUUUAUAUAUUGGAUGAUCAUUCUCUACAACAUGUUGCUCUUUGGAUCUUUACUCACUUUUAGCAAUUUUUCAGUCGGAAUAUUGACUGAACGAUGGUAUGCAGAUGAUGAAUCCGCAGAAGAAAAGGCAGGUAAACUGAUGGCCAUUAUGUGGGCGAUAUCUUCUUUUCUCACUCCCGUGUUUGGUUACUUAAUUGACAAAUAUAAGAAUAGAGCCAUAUUUAAUAUUUGUGCAUCCUGUCUUGGUUGUUUCGGUUUGGUGUAACUUUGGUAUUAUGCACCUUUUAUAGCAAUUAAUUUAUUGGGAAUUUCUUAUGCAAUUAUGUGUGCCAGUGUUUGGUCCAGCAUUGUCUACAUCAUUGAUGAAGCAAGUCUGGGUACAGGCUAUGCCUAUCUAUUAUCGUCAUGCAAUUUCUUAUUGUCCAUUUUGCCUCUAUCUAUUAGCUUGAUUAAAAUAAGAACAGCAAGCUUUUUCAUUUCAGUGAUGAUGUUGGCUGUCUUAAUUUUUAUUACAGUCUUACUAGGAAUCUACAUUUAUAUCGUAGAUAACUAAGAAAACAAUAGUCUGGAUGGUAAAAUACUACCCAUCAAUUAAUCAUAUGACCAAUUAGAACAAGAGGAAAUUUGA